AUGUCCUUCUCAUUUUCAACUUAUCACCUUGUUGGUGCUGCAACGAUUGUGGCAUUUAUUACCACUAAGACUACAUCCUACUCUCUUUUUGAAAUAUUACCCUGGAUAUACCUUACUACUAUUCCGGCAUACGUUGCCAUAUACCAGUGUUUCAUUUAUCCAUUUUACAUUUCAGAGCUGCGACAUGUUCCGACGGUACCCUGCUACCCUCUUUGGGGACAAUUCUUCGAAAUCAUUACAACUGAAUGCGGAGUGCCUCAGAGAUCCUGGCACGAAAAACAUGGCCCUAUCAUUCGAUACUUCUUCCCAUUUGGGGCCGAGAGACUUUCUAUCGCAGACGACAAAGCCAUACACCAGAUGACGGUAAAGAAUCCGUACAACUAUCCUAAACCCGUCCGCGCGAAGUUGUGGAUGGUACGUAUAUUGGGGGAGGGUGUCUUGCUCGCAGAGGGCUCAGAACAUGUGCACCAACGCAAGGCUCUUACACCUGGUUUCUCCAUUCAGUCCAUUCGUGCACUCCAACCAAUAUUUUGGGAAAAGGCGCUGCUUCUCUCAAAACUUUGGCGAGAGGAGAUGGUGGAGUCGGGCGUUACGAGGAAGUGUAUCGAAGCUUUGGAAUGGCUAAAUCGCACAACUCUUGAUAUCAUUGGACAAGCAGGAUUCGGCACAGACAUCAACUCUCUUGAGAACCCAGAGGUUCCUAUCAGAGAGGCUUACCGCCUCGUAUUUGCAUUCGAUAUUGGUUCUCGCAUUCUUCAUGGCCUCCAGGCAUUUAUUCCUUCGACCAAGCAUAUUCCAGCCAAGAUGAAUCGGGACAUGGAGGCUGCACGUAACAUCAUUCUCGACAAGGCGACAGAGAUCAUCACCGAGAAAGAAGGCCAAGCAGCUGCACACUCCAAGCAUAAGGAUAUCAUUGCGCUUAUUUCAAAAGACAACCUGAAGAUGAAGGAAGCCGGUGAAAAGGGUCUUUCAUUCCAGACGAUGCGUGAUCAAGUUAUGACUUUCUUGGGUGCUGGGCACGACACAACAGCAACGGGAAUUGCCUGGACGCUCCAUCUUCUGUCAAAACGACUGGAUAUGCAAUCAAAGCUUCGUGAUGAAGUUCGUCAACACAUGCCCUUUCUCUUUGAUCCAAAAACUCGAUACGAUCCAACCGAACUUGCAAAGGCAGAUGCAGACAAGCUUCCAUAUUUGGACAAUGUGUGCCGUGAAUCUCUGCGGUACAUUCCUCCAAUUCCAAUGACUGUGCGACAAUCCAUCGCAGAUGAUAUGCUGGGCGACUACAAAGUCCCGGCUGGAACUGUCAUCUAUGUUCUUGCCAAUGCUAUCAAUCGUUUGCCAAUGUAUUGGGGUCCCACAGCCAACGAAUUUGACCCGGAUCGCUGGGAUCAUUUGCCAGAAACAUACACGACAAAUGCUUUCAUGACGUUCUUGCAGGGUCCCAGAGGUUGCGUUGGUCGCAAAUUCGCCGAGACUGAGAUGAAAAUCAUCAUGUGUUGCUUGUUGAGCACUUUUGUGUUCGCGCGUGACGAGUCAGUCGAGGACCCAGAGAGCCUCAAAAUGUGGAGACUAGUACUCCGGCCGAGAGACGGAGUCAGUCUGAGAGUGGGUAUGCUGGAAAAUGAAGAGAGUGAGCUGAAGAUGAAUGAAAAGUCCGAAAUAAAUUAG